CCCCCAGAAAAAGUCCGCCAAAACAAAACCUUCAGCUCUCACUGCCUUCAUUCUUCUUGCAAUUUUCACAGACUUGGAUUUGAUAUAUAGAGAGAGAAGAUUUAGAUACAUAUGUAAAGACCCUUUUAAAAAUAUAGAUUAGAGAUUUAAAAAAGAUUCCAACUGAUGGAGACAGUUUUUUUUGAAACUUAACCAUUUGUAAAGCUAAAAAAGUUAAAAGAAGCAAUCUUUUUGUGUGUCUUAUGGCAUGCCACUACCAGCUGCAUAGACGAAGAAGAAGAGUUUCAGUGACAUUAAAGGAGUUAAUUCAAAUAGAGAUCUUCUGGGGGUGGCUGUGUGAUCUUCACAAUGAAAAGUCGUCGUUGUCAUCGUAAUCAGUUGCUGUUUACGUUCUUGCUCUUUUUUUCUCAAAAGACUGAGCUUCUAACAGCUGAAGCAUUCACUGGAACCUAUGGAAUAAAUUAUGGAAGAAUUGCAGAUAACAUCCCUUCACCAGAUGAAGUUGCUACACUUCUCAGGGCAGCAAAGAUUAGGAAUGUUCGGAUUUAUGAUGCUGAUCACAGCGUCCUCGAGGCAUUCAGUGGCACUGGGCUUCAACUUGUUGUUGGGCUUCCCAAUGGAUAUCUGAAAGACAUGAGUGCUAAUGCUAGCCAAGCCAUGUCUUGGGUUGAAGAAAAUGUGCAAGCAUUCCUUCCUAAGACCAGUAUUUGUGGGAUUGCUGUGGGUAAUGAAGUUUUGGGAGGAGGUGAUAAUGAACUCUGGGAAGCUCUCCUGGGAGCUGUUAAAAAUGUUUACAAAGCCAUAAAUAAGCUUGGCUUGGCUGAUUCAGUUCAGAUUACUACAUCACAUUCACAAGCUGUUUUUGCUAAUUCUUACCCUCCCUCUUCGUGUAUAUUUGAAGAGAAUGUUGCACAAUACAUGAAGCCGCUCUUGGAGUUCUUCUCACAAAUUGGUUCUCCGUUCUGCUUGAAUGCAUAUCCUUUCCUGGCCUACACUUACAAUCCAGAGAAUAUUGACAUUAACUAUGCCCUUUUCGAGAAAACUAACGGAAUAUAUGACAUGAAAACAGAUUUGCACUAUGAUAACAUGCUUGAUGCGCAGAUUGAUGCAGCCUAUGCUGCUCUGGAAGAUGCUGGAUUCAAAAAGAUGGAAGUCAUAGUUACAGAGACAGGUUGGGCCUCACGUGGAGAUGAUAAUGAAGCUGCAGCAACCGUUAAUAAUGCAAGGACAUAUAAUUAUAACCUGCGUAAAAGGCUUGCAAAGAAGAAAGGUACACCACUCAGGCCGAAAAUGGUGGUGAAGGCCUAUAUUUUUGCUGUAUUUAAUGAGAAUUUGAAGCCUGGACCAACUUCUGAGAGGAAUUUUGGACUUUUCAAGCCUGAUGGAAGCAUUUCAUACGAUAUUGGGUUUCAUGGACUUAAAUCUUCAUCUGCAGAUUCAUCACUUCUAUCGUUGAAGGCUGUCCAAGCUCGAGGUUUGUCCAAGUCCUACAUACUGAUAUUGACAAUCUCUGCCGCUGCUUCGUUCCUAUUUUUGAAGCAAUAAUGCUGGAACAAUUACUCUUAUAUUAGGCAAAACCAGUGUUGGAAGUCAAAAGCUCUAGGUUUGAUACCAUUCAUGUCACUCGGAGUACAAAAAAAAUACUGGUCCGAUACCAUUAAUGUCACCCGGAGCACAAAAAACAAAAAUACAAACAUUGAUUUUCUAACUUGCAUAAUAUAUUUCCCAGGAAUUGUGAUUUUUAUCUAAUUUCAGCAAAUGUAUUUCAGCUCCUAUCAAACAGAACCUUUGUUUUAUCUGUUACAGUUUUCCCUAUCCAACCGUUGUAUUUAGGGAAAAAGAUUGUGAUCAUGUCUCGGACUAGCGGCAUUAGAAUCAGCCGUCUCAUGCCAA